CAAAGCGCGUCAUAAUACAGUGUGCCUUCCUGGCUCACGCAGACAAGUAUUGACCGUAUUGUAAAAGCUAAACAAGUAUACAGAAAUGCCUAUGAAAGGAAGGUUUCCGAUCAGGAGGACCCUUGAUUACCUCCAGAAAGGUGAUAUUAUUUUCAAAAACAGAGUGAAGAUUAUGACGGUGAAUUAUAACACACAAGGAGAGCUCAGCGAAGGAGCAAGAAAGUUUGUGUUCUUCAAUGUCCCCCAGAUUCAGUACAAAAACCCUUGGGUCCAAAUAAUGAUGUUCAAAAACAUGACGCCCUCGCCUUUUUUGAAGUUCUACCUGGAUGAUGGGGAGCAGGUGCUGGUGGAUGUGGAGGGGAGGGAUCACAAGCAAAUUUCACAGCAUGUAAAGAAGAUUUUGGGUAAAUCAGAAGAUGUGUUAUACGCUGAGGCUCAAGCCAGGAUGCAGGCCUCCAACCCAGCAAACUUUGGCCCGAAGAAGUACUGUCUAAGGGAGUGCAUCUGUGAGGUGGAGGGCCAGGUGCCGUGUCCUGGCACAACCCCACUACCCAAAGAGAUGACCGGCAAAUAUCGUGCUAAGAUGGCAGAGUCACAAGAAUAAGAGACAGAAAAGGACGACAGACUCUUUUUUUUUUUUUUUUUUUUUACGUUGGACUAUAUUCUGGUGUUGAUGUCAAAGAUUGAUUUUUUAUUUCAUUUUGAAAGCUCUGGAAUCGGCUCCAGUCUAGAGCUGCAGGAAUCUGCCAACAAAGAACCCCGUUCUUUUUACUCCAUUUAUCCAUCAUCCAUCCAUCCUGUAGUUUUACACCAAACUGCUCUGACUCAGAGCUGGAUUCUGAAUAAACUGAGAUUACUUUCAAACAAA